AUGCCCAAGUGUAAGGCGGGAUAUCGGCCCGCGGGUUCGUUAUGCGUGCACGACUGUAGCGCGUACGGCGGGAAAUGGACCAACUGCGGGAUGGGCUGCGCGCCGAGCAAGGAGGAGUGUGCGAAGAACGUCUACAGUCAGGCACGUUGCGCGCCGAGCAAAGAGAAACUUAUUGCUCACGUGGAGACCCACCCAUCCGUACCAUCCAUAUCCAUCUGUACCCAUCCACUCCCAUUCAUACCCAUCCGUACCCAUCUGUGUCCAUACCCAUACUCCCCUCUCCCCCCCCACCUCUCUUCCUCCCGUUCCUUUCCCCCCUCCCCUCUUGUCCCUCGCGUCGUCGCACAACAGCUCACGACGACGGCGGUUUGGGUCGCCAACGUCGUCAUUCCGGGUUCUGCGAUCUUCGCCAGUCGCAUGAGCGCGAUUGGCGCUCCUGUCGCCAUGUCUUACGGCGGAGUGAAGGGCGUUGCGCGCAUGACGCGCGGGCCCGACGCGAUGAUUGCGCGCAAGACGAUGGAGAAGCGCGCCCUCGUCGCCAUGCUCACCGCGGCGCACGCGCGGAGGCUGGACAAGAACGGCGGGGCGGUCGGAAUCUUCUCCCCCAGAACGCAGAACAAGCCUGCUCGCUACCAGCAGUUCAGGCAGCGCAACCAGGUGUCCACUCAGAUGGCGACACGUGUCGCUGACGUCAUGGUCAGGGCUGUGCGCAAGGAUAAAGCAGCCGUCAAUAUUGAGGACCUUGCCAAGUACGAUCCUUCCGGGACGCUCCCCAUGCUCGUGGCCUACAGCCAUCCCCUGUGCAGCAAGAAUGAGUGUGCGAAGUGCGGUGUAACAUCCAACCCCUGCAUCGCUGGUUACACCUGUAACAGCGGCAAAUGCGGUAACCCUAUCGUCGAACCGGACGGCACCAGCUGUGUUGAUUCAGACUACCAAGGAAACACGUUUCCCGGGUUCUGCCAAUCCGGCUCCUGCCAAAUCUCAGCCGUCCAAUCCUACUACGGAUCUGCCCAGAAAACCUCAAUGUGGCUGCCCGAGGGCGUCAGCCUGCCCACGCUGCCCGAGCUGAAAAUUUCCGUCAGCCCGGGACUUACUGGGACGAAUGGGAGCGCCGGGGGGUUCGUGGGCAGGAGUCUUGGGUUUUGGCACAGGUUGUCCAGGCAAUCCCGGAGUUGCACCUUUAAUAACGGGGGUUGUGGCGUGUUUGCCUGCCGAGUUGACUACAAGAGGAAAAAGACAGCAUGUGUCAACCCCAAAA